GGAAUGCCAGGGGGAAUGCCAGGUUUUCUGCAGAAACCGCCAUUUCUUUUCCCUCCGCGAUCACCGAAUCCUUUUGGCCUUGGGUUCCCGCCCAGCAUGGGAAUGAUGCCCAUGUACCCCGGCUUCAUGCCAUUAGUGCGUCCGAUUCGGCCAGUUCCAACAAAAAUAAUUUGUUUGACUCCUGAGUGCCUGCGACAAGGACCGCCCAAAAGGAUUCUAAAGCUGUGCGGGGGAAAGCUGUAUUUCAUACCACCGGGGGUACUUGCGACGCUACCAUUUUGUGCGAUUCUGAUUUCUAACGGAGCAUCAACAGGUUCUGACGGACACGGGAAUUCUUCGAUUCCUCACUACCAAGACGUUACAAAACGUCCGGGACCCGAACAACAGCCAGGAAUUGGAGAUCACCCAGGACCUGAACAACAGCCAGGAAAUGGACAACACCCAGAAACUGAAGAUCAUCCAGGACCUGAACAAUACCCAGGACCAGGGCAACAUCCAGAAGUGGGCGAUCACCAAGGAUUUGAGCAACAGCCAGAAGUUGGAGAUCAUCCAGGUCCCGGAUCACACCCCGAACCGGGAGCACACCCAGGGUCUGGAGGUCAUCCGGGACUUGGAGAGGCCUCAGGACCCGGGGAAUAUCAAGGGUAUACCCAGCAUCCUGGGUUUCUCCCAGGAGGUCAACUUUCUACGUCAUUUUAUGACAAUGGAAAAAGCACGAUUUCCGGUAUGCAAGGAUUCACUCCUCCUCCAUUUACCGGUCCGGACCCUGAGGUAAUGGUUGGGACAACCCACAAAUUCCGGCCUCCUGAGGGAGAAGAUUAUCCCCAACAGUCCUGCCUAGAAGGGGAAUUCUGGAACCUUGAUGCACAUGAAUGCGUACCGAUCAAAUAUGAUCCGGAUAUAGACUUUGACUACACCCACUUGCCAGGGUCUCCUUGGUCCGGGGUGACAAGAAAGCCGUUCAACAAGCAUAGGCUAAGAAAAAAGAAGAAGAAGCUGGUGCUCAUCUCUGAUAAGGGAAACAUAACCUACAUAAAAGCCACUUAAUUCAAGUGCUCAAUUACAAUUCCUCGUACUGUAUUU